CCAACCAACCAACCUAACCAACCAGCCUAGGCUAUAGGAGCUAAUGAUCCCGUCUGUCCGUGCCCUGGCAGCGAUCAGUUGGCAGUUGAACUUCGUACGGGGUUUUUUUUUGCAGGCAGCAAAAGUGGCAGAAAAUGUUAGUUUAAUAUUCAUAGUGCAUCGCGCCCAAAACAGUGACAUACCCGAGUGGAAAGAGAAGCGUACAUUUUAUUUAUCGGAUUUCAGUGGAAUAGCAGCUAAGGCAGUUUUGGCGGAGCGAAGAAGUUUGAAUUCCGUCCGAUCAUCACUGUUCGGGGGUUCAAAAUGGGCUUACCGGUGAUCAGGUUAACAGCGCUCAUAUCCACGUUGGUCGUGGUCCAUUCACAAUUUCUGGCCUUCGAGCAGCAUGGACAGGAGUGCGCACUCUACGUCAGCGGCCCCGGCAAAUCGUCCGCCUUCGACUACAACCUGAAUCUGUUCCGAGGCACGCCAUCGCCGUUGCACGCGGAGCAAACGUCUUGCAUCACAUACGAUGCCAUCAAUCAAGCCUACUUGGAUGCUCGCAAGCGCAUCCGCGUUUCGCAACCCAAGGGAGACUGGAAAACCGAAGAUAUCGCCACCGUCGGCGAGCUGCUGCUGGACAUCUCCAUCCAACUCGCCAGAACAUAUGGCCUCUCCUACGAGGAGAUUGAGAAGGGUCUCCCGUCGAUCGACACCUCCAAGACUCUGAUCCGCGAGGUUUGCCCGGCUUUCCUGGCUGGAGUCGAGUGCCGUCCCGGCAAGUACCGUCGCGUCGAUGGUCUGUGUAACAACCUGAAACACCCCACGUGGGGAGCUGCCAUGACUCCUUUCCAGCGUCUGAUCGGCCCACUGUACGCCGACGGAAUCAACGCUCCCAGGAUCUCCGUAACUGGACAUGAACUGCCGUUGUCCCGUGUCGUAUCGCGCACCAUCCAUCCUGAUGAGGGCUACCAUGAUCACGCCGGAACCGUAUUCGUCAUCGCAUGGGGACAGUUCAUGGAUCACGAUUUCACCCUGACCGGAACCCCACUGGACCCCAUCAACCGUAACGAUCCAGAAGAAUGCUGCAAGCGUCCACCUCACCUCAAGCAUCCGUACUGUAACGAAAUCCGCAUCCCAGAUGAUGACUACUUCUACCGCCUGUUCAACGUCAAGUGUAUCGACUUCGUUCGAGGCUUCCCGUCUCCUCGCGCCGGAUGCCGCCUGGGAUCGCGUCAACAGUUCAACACUCUCACCUCAGUCAUCGACGGAAACACCAUCUACGGAGUCAACGAGAAAUUCACCCGCAAAUUGCGUACCGGCUACAACGGCCUCCUCCGCAUGAACCCCGUCUUCGCCGAGUACGGCCUCAAGGACCUCCUCCCACUGAAGUUGGACAUUCCAGAUGAGGGCUGCACUCGUCCCAACAAGAGCAUGUUCUGCUUUGAAGCCGGCGAGAUCCGAGUCAACGAACAGCUGGUCCUGACCUGCAUGCACACCCUUCUGGCUCGUGAACACAAUCGUAUCGCUACGGAGCUGGGACGCAUCAACCCGCACUGGGACGACGAAACUCUCUUCCAGGAAUCUCGUCGCAUCAACAUCGGUAUCAUCCAGCACAUCACCUACAACGAGUUCUUGCCCAUUCUGCUCGGCAAAGAAGUGAUGGAGAAGUUCGGUCUGCUACCACUGAAGGAAGGAUACUGGGAUGGAUACGAUGAGAACAUCAACCCGGCCAUCAUCGACGCUUUCUCCGCCGCUGCCUUCCGAUUUGGCCACUCGCUGCUGCCGACGGCCAUCGAACGUUGGUCCAAGGCUCACAAGUUCAUCGCCUCCAAGCGAUUGUCCGAUCUGAUUCGUCGCCCGUACGAUCUGUACCGUGCCGGAGUCUACGACGAGUACCUGAUGGGUCUGAUGAACCAGGUUGCCCAGGCUAUGGACGACUCGAUCACCCAGGAGGUCACCAACCAUCUGUUCAAGAAGGAGGGCGCCCGUUUCGGUAUGGAUCUGGUAUCGUUCAACAUGCAGCGCGGUCGCGAAUUCGGCGUCCCCGGAUACAUGGAGUUCAGAAAGUUCUGCGGACUGCCCACGGCCGAUACCUUCCAAGAACUGUUCGGAUCGAUGCCAAAUGAGACCGUUCGGCGGUACGAGAGCAUCUUCGAACACCCAUCGGACGUGGAUCUGUGGUCGGGCGGUGUGUCCGAACGAUCUCUGCCAGGAUCGAUGUUGGGACCGACCUUUGCCUGUAUCAUUGCGACCCAGUUCAGCUACGUCCGCCGUGGCGAUCGGUUCUGGUACGAACUGCCGAACCAACCGUCGUCCUUCACGCCCGAACAGCUGCAGGAGAUCCGCAAGGCCAAGCUGGCGCGGCUCAUCUGCGACAACACCGAUCUGAUCGAUACGGUGCAAAUCUACCCGAUGGUGUUGCCCGAUCAUGAAAUCAAUCCAAGAGUGCCAUGCAAGAGUGGAAUCCUUCCAUCGAUCGACUUGACCAAGUGGGCCGAUUACGGUCACGAAUCUCACUCACCUCAUCAAUAUCAAUUCCUAAACGAAUUACCUGAGAACGUCGGCUUCAAGAAAUAAGCUCCCGCUCAUCACGCAGAGUAUCCCAUGUUUUCUAAAAAUAAACUCAGACAACUGCUGAGCGUGUGAUGAGAAGAUUGAAGGCGUCUGAGCCGAAGCCAUGCGAGAAAGAGACUCGAGCAACAACGCUUUCAGAGUGAGAAAGCGAGCGAGAAAGAACGAACGAAAGCGGAAAACAAACGGGAUAAAACCAUUUCACACAGAGAUUAUAAGUUAGAUAAUUCAUAUUAUUUUUAUUUUUCGUUCUAGUAAGCCAAUCUUCGACUACUCACUGUUGUACCUUUUUUUUUCUAGAGUCUUUCUCAGUCAAAAUCAUUUUCUUCUGUUGAUUCUCAUUGUAUUAUACACAUUUUUAUAUUGUCACCACGGCACCUGCGCAAACCACACAAAACCGCGAUGAUAUCGACACUCUAGCAAGGUUAUGUUUAACAUCUCCAAAAUCAAUCAGCCAUCCGUCAUCCCCUCCCAUUUUCUGUUAUUGAGUUUUUGUUUGAUAUUGUUUUAGAAAUUGUAACGGAAAUUUCCACUCAUCCUAUCGAAAGUUAUUUCCAACCCCUCUCUUCCUUCCCUCUUUUGUUAUAAAUGUUUUUUUAGUAGACGAAAUUUUAAAACAACGAGCAUUUAGUACCAGAUAACAACUAUUACACAAAAACGCUUCCCAGUUCAUCGUUUUUUUUUUAAAUUUCGAUUAAGAAACGGCGACCCCAUGCAGCGCGACAGCGUUUUCCUUUCCGUUGAAAACCAGUUUCCAUGCUGGUUGCGCAAAUCCAAGUAUGCCGGGCUGCAACUUCCUCCAUGUGUCCAAUCGUCUUCAACGUCGUCGUCGUCGUCGUCGUCACCAAUGGCGACGAUUGUUGAUGUUGUCAUUAUGAGAGUUCAAGCCUACUUUGAUGCGACGAUUAUCGCGAAUGACACUGAAUUGUGCAAAGUGGAUUUGCCGUUAAGCAUAAUGCAGUUUUCGUACCGGUUUUUAACAGGAACUUGUCGGAUAAGAUUUGCUGCCAUGUGGGGAAAGUUCAAACGUUUUCGCGCGAAAGGGAAAUAUGUUUGUACUUAUUGGGGUUAUGUCGAGGGUUAAUUGUGGAGCGACGGGCUGUUGCAAGCUUAAAGGGUUCUACUGGAAAUAUUUUUCUGGAAAAAUACUUUUACGAUUGAUUGAGUUCUAGUAAUUGAUUAUUCGAUGAGUAAUGUCAACGUUAUCAUUCAUAUGGAAUGAAAUCUAUUUCAAGCUUGCAACUGUGUCCUGUUCGCAAUUUGUUUUUUAGCAAAAGUGUAAUAGCGUAGCCAUUUUCUCUCUUGUUUUUGUGUAAUAUUUAUGUAAAUAAUAAAACUUUUAAGUAUCAUUAA